AUGCGAUUCUCAAGUGUCUUCUAAAUUAAAGUUUAAGCCGAUCAAAUAGGGAUAUUCGAAGAGACAGAUACAGUUUUCCUACGCUUUGUACGAACGGAUGUUCACGUGAAAACGAAUCAACGCUACGAGACAAAACUUUUAUCUUUCGUUGUAUAGCAAUUACAUCUACGUGAUAAUCUCCGAAGAAUUGUUCAUUCGACAACUUUUUCUCCAACAGCUGGAAAGAAUUUUUGUUUUUCGCGGAAAAAAAAAAAAGUGUCGAAUCGGAAACUCAACUUGUUGCGAAGAGGAGAUAGGGUGAAGAAGGUGUGUUCCGCGAGUGUGAAUGUGUUUCGUCGCUGGUGUCGCUGUGAGUUCCAACCGACGUGUACACGUACUAUUUCGCGCCUAGUGUGUCGCUCGAUGAUCGAUCGAUCAUUUCGUCCUGCGACCGCAACGUGCUCCAACGAGGAUCGGUACCACCGCGCUACACACUACUUCGGUGGAAGUUAAAUCGUGAUCGCUUUGGCGAGAGGGCGAAGGACAAAGAGGAGCAUUGAGUGCUUCGCCGUAGAGCUCGUCGAAGAAGGAGUACAAGCAAGCACGUGACAUGAGUACCGUGACCCGAGACACUUGUUGCACGACUGCUGUCCCUUAAAGAGUCUCGUAUACACGGUGUGUUCCUUCAGUGCGACGAGAUUAGCCAACGUUCGAAAUAAAACGCGAGAGAAAGAAGAGAAAAGGAAGAGAUAGAUACAUGCGCGUGUCGUGAAUUCUGUUCAAUCUCGCGUUUUCUCGAUACGUACUCGUGGCAUGUCGGUGAUAUAUCGUUUUAAUCAGCCUCGUAAGAAACCGCGUUUCGUGCUCGAGGAUCAUCCGUUGACGAGCGAAUCGCGAGUGGUAAUCGUGUGAUGCCGUUAAGACGAAUUUCUUUUGUUUCUCGACUGUUGAGUGCACGCGUGUUUCGCGGCUCUGUCUAAGAUCGGUGAAUCGCGGUUUCGCGAGUUUGAUCGCGCGAAAGGGAGGAGGUCGAUCGUAGGAGGAAGAAAGAAAGAACAUGAACGUGAUCGUGCGCUCAGGCCGGUGACACCGGUCGAGAUUGUGUGUGCGUGUGUCUAUCUUCGCUGAUAACUCCCAGUUGGUGGACUCUCACUGAGACGACGGAUAUCUUUGUUCGGUGGAUGUCGUCGUCGGGGUUGUAGAAGGGUGGUGUAUUCGGCGAAGGCAGGAAGCAGCGAAGAACCGGAAGGCUGGAUCACCUCCGUGGAAUGUCUUCGGGCGCCAAGCGGCUGGUGCAGUCGCUUCGGGGCCGCAGCGGUGGCGGGAGGGGCGGAGGCGGCGGCGGGCGGGGGGAGGGCGGGGGCGGGGAGGGAAGCGGGGGCGGCGGAGGUGGCGCGAGCACAAGCGCGACCAGAUUGUGCCACUACGACAGCGGUCACGAGCUCGACGAGAUCUCGGUGGUUGGCGCCGCCAUCAGGGGCAGCGAGGGCCUUCCCACCCCCACCACACCCUGCCACUGUGGCGGCCUCAAGUACGGGAGCGGGCAAACGUUGUACAGCAUAGCCGGUCUGGUGCCCCCUGCGCCCGCCGCGCCUGCGCACGGAGCACAAUCAGGCAUAAUCGCAGGGGGCGGUGGCGGAGGGAGAGAUCGGUACAGCGGUGGUUCCGCUUCCGCUCUGAGCUGCGGCGGCGAGAAGAUUCGAGAGGACAGGCAGGGAAGAAUGGUGGACGGGAAAACGAGAAUCAGGAGGGAGAGGGAGGAGGACACGAAGAGCGCGGAUAACGUGUCGAGAGGCGCCCCCUCGAGGCAGAGUUUGUUGGAGCUGGUCAGCGGUAAAUGCAUGAGCCGCCACACGCCCACGCAUCAUUACUAUCAUCAGCAACAGCAGGUGUACUCGGUGCCACAGAGAUACUUCAGCUCGUCCCGAGACUCGCUUCACGGUGCGUACGUGAAUCGAGGGGCGAGCGAGUUCGACCUAAGUCGGAAACCGAAGAGAAGGGACCAGCUGAGGGGCAGAUUCAAGCUACCGUAUACUGUAACGCUUUCGCGAGAUCAAUCACAUUUGCACACACCGGCGUCUGUCAAUCAUCUGAGCAAUAGCAGCUGCAACGGCACCGAAACGAGGUACACGGUGCAACAGCAACAGCAGCAACGCGGUAGCAGAGGUUACCCGGGUCAAGCGGGGACGAAAGGUUUUCGUACGGGUGCCCCUAAUUGGUCCUUCAUCUUCGAUCCCGCGGGACGUCUCUGUUACUAUUGGUCGAUGGUCGUUUCCCUCGCCUUCCUUUACAACUUCUGGGUCAUCAUCUAUAGGUUCGCCUUUCAAGAAAUAAACGGCGAAACGCGGUGGGUGUGGUUCUGCUUGGACUACUUCUCCGAUUUUUUAUACGUACUGGACAUAGUGUUUCACAUCCGAACCGGAUACUUGGAGGACGGUGUCUUGCAAACGGACGCGACCAAGCUACGAAAUCACUAUACGAACAGCACUACGUUUUACAUGGACAUCCUGUGCCUGCUGCCCCUCGAUUUUUUAUACUUAUCUAUAGGAUUCAACAGUAUACUUCGAAGUUUUAGGCUCGUGAAGAUAUAUCGGUUCUGGGCGUUCAUGGACAGAACCGAGCGACACACCAACUAUCCGAAUUUAUUCCGCUCCACCUCCUUGAUACAUUAUUUAUUGGUGAUCUUUCACUGGAACGGGUGCCUCUAUCACAUUAUUUAUAAGAACAACGGGUUCGGAAGUAAGAACUGGGUAUUCAGCGAUUCCGAGACAGCGGACGUGGUGAAACAAUAUUUGCAAAGCUACUAUUGGUGCACGCUGGCCCUCACCACCAUCGGUGAUCUUCCCAGACCGAGAAGCAAAGGCGAGUAUUUGUUUGUAAUAGCUCAGCUGCUGUUCGGCCUGCUGUUAUUCGCCACGGUGCUCGGACACGUAGCCAACAUCGUAACGUCCGUGAGCGCGGCUAGGAAGGAGUUUCAAGCAAAGUUGGACGGUGUGAAAACGUACAUGAGGAUGAGAAGAGUGCCGAAGCAUCUUCAGGUGAAGGUGAUCAAAUGGUUCGACUAUUUGUGGUUGACGCAAAAAUGCUCGGACGAAGAGAAAGCCGUCAGUUGUCUUCCCGACAAACUGAAAGCCGAAAUCGCGAUAAACGUGCACCUGGACACGCUGCGGAGAGUGGAAAUAUUCCAGAACACGGAGGCCGGCUUCCUGUGCGAGCUAGUUCUUAGAUUGCGGCCCGUUCUUUUCUCACCUGGCGAUUAUAUUUGUCGCAAAGGUGAGGUAGGGAAGGAGAUGUACAUAGUGAACAGAGGGCGACUACAGGUGGUGGCCGAUAACGGGAAGACUGUUCUCGCUACCCUUAAGGCUGGUUCCUACUUCGGGGAGAUCAGCAUUCUCAAUAUGAGGACUGCAGGUAACCGACGAACAGCCAGUGUACGCUCGGUGGGCUACUCGGAUCUUUUCGUCCUCAGUAAGAAGGAUAUGUGGGACGUAUUAAAGGAGUAUCCAGCGGCUAGGAUCAGGCUAGAAGCUAUUGCAGUGAAAAGAUUGGAAAAAUACAAGAGAGCUCCUCUCGAGAAAGCUGCAAUGGGUCGAUGUCAAAGCACGCCAGGACUCGUGGAGUCACGAGGUCGUAUACCAUUGGAGGAGAUGUGGGUUUCGCCUGUGGAUACAAAGUCCACUCACGCGUACUCGACCGGCCACUCGUUGUUCUCCCCCAGCCCGAGUCCUGUGACGUCACGCGGUUUGGCCAGCACCAACGUCAACGUGAACAACGUUGCGAGAAGCAUGGAUAGCCCGAUGAGUGCCACUAGCAGCGGCCACAGCAGCGAGGACCAAACCACGAGGGCACCACAAUCCGCCACACAGCCCUCUACCGGCAGGCAAUCCACCCACUCUGGAAUAACCUGCAACAGCAUGACGCAAUUAGUCGGCGAAGGUGCCACGCCACUUUUAGGCACUAACGAAGCUUUAUUAGCCGAAAUUAAACGUCUUCGAGAACGUCUAGUUUGUUUGGAGUCUGAAAAUGCUGCGAUGAGUGCUAAAUUGAAUCAACAACAAUGGGAAGUAGAAAAUCGAUUGGCCGAAAUCGAGAUGCAGAUUUGCGGUGCUAAGCGCGGCAAAACAAAAAUAGGGCGAAUACGACAUUAUUUGUCUGAAACUACGGAUGAUAGAUAUACAGCAGAUGAUCGAGAAGAAUUUGAAGAAGCUAGAAUCUCUGGAAGAUCUAGUGAUACAAAAUCAAUAGGUAGCCUCAGUCAACAUUUCUUUGAAAGUGACGAGGAUGAGAAAUAUUACGGUACUUGUAAUGGUUAUGUUUCUCAGCCUGGCAGUAAAUCAAACUUAUUGCUAUGCAGUGAAUGUGAUCAGAAAACUCGUACCUGCACAUACAGGCCACAAACACCUGGUUCUUAUAGUAGUAGAUACGUCGAGGAACGUUUUGACGAGCGACUUCAAGAGCCAGGAACUUCUCGCUCAUACAAAAGCCCAAUCCAUACAUCUUCUCCUCGGUUAGUAUAUCAUGAUCAAGACUAUAGUGGUCAAUCAUCUUCAUCUAGAUCAAUUUAUCGUGAUCAAGAAUAUCAAACUCGAAGAGGUUGGUCAAAGAAAUACGAACAAGAAUUUGAUCGAAGAGAGUAUGAAGACAAAGAAUUAAAGCAGGAUGAUGAUAGUCCUGUUUGUGAAGUUUGUCAUGGAAAUGGUCAUAUUGUUCAAUGUGAACAUUGCGAUUUUUCUAGCGAAGGUGAUUUAAUAUGUUUCCGAUGCCAGAGUGAUGAAGGUUCAUCAAAUGGUCAAAGUUGUCCUCGUUGUGAGAAAAAUGAAAGAAUAUUAUCAAGUAGAUCGCAAAGAGGAACAUCAUCCAGCGAUGAAGGAAAAUACCCAGUAGAUGCUGUAGUAAAAAUACAAGUUAAUGAUCAUAUGAUUGAUGUAGAUUCGGAUGAGACACCUGAAAGUGACUUAUCAAGUAGUCAUCAUCAUCAAAGGAGUACAAUGGAACGAUUAGAUACUAUUGUUGAGGCAAAGGGAGACACUGCCAGUGAAAAUGAUGAGGAAAAUGGGGGUACAAAGUUAAAUGGAACUAGUAGUGCAAGAUAUCUCAAUUAUAUGAUUGUACUGUUUCUGUAAAUAACAUGGUUAUGGUAGCUGCAGUUGAGCUAUGGAUUAUGUUGGUAAAUGGAGAGUGUUGUUUCGUUGAAGCUAUCGAUUAAAAAAUAAUUUUUAAUCUUCAUUAUAAACUAUUGUAACAUUUCUUAUUAAAAAUAUAAUAGUGUUAUGCUAUAUUGGAUUUAUAAACUAAAAUUAUAUAAUAUAUAAAUCUAAUAUUUCCUUCACUAAUGUUAAUAGAGUAAUGAGAUUAUAAAUAGUACAAGUAACAAAUAUUGAUAAAUAUUUCUCAAAAAAUUUUUUUAUAAUGCAAUAAAAAUUAGUUGGAAAAAAAAAUUUUCAAAAUAAAUAAAUAAAAACCAAGGAAACAUUAGAUUGGAACAUUUUACACUUUCUUAUUAUACUAUUUCAAAUUCUCGUAUUAUGUGUAAAAUUUCUAAACGAUUUAUACUAAAAAUUUUGGAAAUAAACUUACUAAUAUUCAACAACGAUACUCUUCAUCUAAGUCGAAGCAUUUUCAAAAGUACAAUUUCGCUGCACGAAAAAAUCUAUUGAUUUUAACGUGUCACAUAACUUUUAAAAAUGUUCCGUACUUCACAGAUUGCUUGACAUCGAAAUUUGUUGCCGUAUGAUAUUUUCGGCGCCGUAGCUCAACUUGCAUGUAAAUAAACUGCCAAAGGAACAUUCAUCCGUAUAUCGUAGGGCCGUAUAGGUUAAUAGGUAACUCGUAAUGUUUAAAAUGCUAUAUGAGAGAAUGAGAAAGAAAAAAAGAUUCGAACGAAAGAGUGAAGAGAAGAAAGAGAGAGAGUGAAAGAGGGAGAGAUAUUAUAUUACGUUCAACACGCGCAGUGUUGCCAUGAGCUGAGAUCCGUAAUGCAACGAUCGACAUGAUUCCAUGCGCGACUUUUAGAAUAGGUUUGUGCAGAAAUCGUGUUUAUUUUAAUUUAUUGUUAUUUCUGUCGUUUCCUUUUCUUAAAUUUUCCAACAAAAAUUAUAUUAAAUUUGAUGUUUAUUUAAAAAAGUUUCAUCAUAAAUAGAGAAGUUUGAUAAUUAAAUUAAAUGAUGAAAAAAAAAUUAGUUCGUCUAUUAUAUACUAUUUACCACGUGCAAUUAUUAAAACAAAUUGGAUAUAUUAAUUACAAAUACACGGAUUAUAUUUGCUUUGUAAGUAUUUCAAAAUAUUUUAAUUAUCAACAGAUAAAAGAUUUGUACACAAACCUGACUAACUCAUGUUCGGGACCAACUAAAGCCACCAUCUGCAUGACUGCUUCCGAUUUCUGCUUUCAUUUCCGCUCGUUAUUUUUCAUAUACUCGUUGUUUUCAAUAUUCAUAUACGGAAUACGAAAGUAGUAUAAACGAUUUCCAUAUACAUCUCGCUUAUCGUUAAAAUUAUUUUCAUUUUAACGAAUAUUAAGUUAAUUGCUUCCGAUUAAUAGAAGAAAUUUAAUAGAAAAAUAACAGCGCUAAAACUUUUCGUAAGAUAAUUUACACGAUGAAAUUGAAUCUUACUAAUAUACACUCUCAUUUUCUUAUACGUUUUUCCUUUCAAUAUACCAAAACCCAAAUAGAUAAAGACUACGGACGUGAAUAUAGUACUUACAUAUAUAUUUCGACCAGAAUAAAAACAUUCAUAACGUGUCGUAUUAUCAUAAUUGAGCUUCGAAAGUUCAAUUUCAGAUGAAUGAUGAAUAUAGAAUUCUUUGUCCUCGGAUUAACGAACUAUUAUUCUUCGAGGGCCUCAACGGGACCGAAUUUUUCCAGGUAUGAAGAAUCGAAAUGGGAUCACGACUUCCCUCCCCUUUUUCCCUCACUUUUGACAUAGAUUUCAUAAUCGAUAAAAUUUGUUUAAUUAAUUAUUGCUAAUGCAAUUUCAGUUAUAACCUUCUUUAAGAAAAUAGAAUUAUUAAAAUAUUAUUAGAAUUUUUACAAAUUUCUAGUCACUAGAUUUUUGAAGAUAUGAAUAUUCGAAAACUAAAACUUUUACUGGUAUAUAUUUUUUUCUUUUUUUUUUUUAAUUAUUUUUCAUCAUUUAUACAUAAUACUUACAUAGAUAAAUAUUAUAAAUAUUUAGUUGCGGGGGAAAUGAACAGACUCGACCGUUUAUAUUAUAGAAAAAAAAAAAAAUAAAUAAAUAAAGAUGAAAGCAGAAUAAAUCGAACUAAAAAAAUACGAAACGAUUUAUAAUAAGGAUAGCGACUUUUUUAGUAUUUAUAAAUCAUUGAAUAGAUUUUAAUAGUUGAAUACAUUUUUUUAACGUUCACUUUCCACUUUGUAAGUAAACCGCACGUAAUAUCGCUUGGAACGGGGAAAAUAAAAAAAAAAAAAAAACAUUUCGAUUUAACGAACGAAACCUGUAAUUUCUAAAGACGAAGAGAAAAAAAGAAAAGUAGGCAGGGAGAGAAAAAAAAAAAAUGCGCAGAGUAUAAUGCAUAUAGUUAAUCUAGUUAUCUUCGAAUAGAAAGAGGUUAUUUCAUGCGAAAGAUUUUGCGGGACUUUCUAGACUUAUAUCAUCUGUAUGAUAUUCACGGCGAUAGACAUUAUCAAGAAUAGAUCGCAAAGACUAAGGGAAUAAUUAGUAAGAUAUAUCGAUAUCCGAUAACCUAACCUUACCUUGAAGCAAAAAUGUAGUAACUCGAAGGGAUAAGAAAAAUUAUUAACUAAAAAUAUAAAAACAUUUUCAAAAAUGUUUGUGCAGAAUAUAUAUCGAAAAUUUCUUCUUUAUCUUCACAUAUAUAUAUUAUUAAUAAUUCACUUUUUACGAAAAAUAACUUGCUCUCGAUCCACCAUUCCGGUAGAAUUGUUUUAUCUUUACGAUUCGUUCCGUGCUUCGUGUCGUGUAACAUUAACUUUUCUUCUCGUCCAAGUGAAACAACAAUAAUAUUUACGUGUACGUAUAUUAUCGAGUUAGUCCAUAUUUGCGACGGGGUAUAAUACGAGGUGUACUAUUCUACUGCCACAUUUUAAAACUUAGAAAGAAAACUUUGAAAAAUCAUUGAAUAACCUAGUCCUACAUAUACAUUAUCGCAGGAUACAUCGCGCAUAGGGGAAAAAAACACUGGAACGACUAAUCUCUCUUUCUCUCUUCAUUUUAUAAAGUUUUAUACGUGAUAGCGUUUAUUCCUGAUCAAGUAUUGAUUUAUUCGCGUGACGCGCAACGCUGUAGUAUCCAUUUUGAUUGUGGGUGCAAUUCGAGAUACACAGGAGCAUGGUUUACUGUGACUGUAAUAAAAUGGAGAGAGAAUGCAUUCGAAUAAGGGGAAGGAGUGCGUUUAAUCAGCCUUACUUAUACAAUUAUUAUCUACAUUAUUAUUAUUAUAAUAAAUUUAUAAGCAUGAUUUGUGUACGUAUAUGUAUGUCGGCGUACUUUUAAUUAAACAGCCUUGAGAGAAAUGCUGUGGACAACGAUAAUCUCUGAGCAACGCACGGCUUAGUAGUAUUUCGUACCUUUUUUUUUUUUGUAUAAUUAUCGUUGUUACAAUAUCGUUUCGUUUCGUUCCAAUUUUUCGUUUCGCCUCGACACUCAUAACAUUUAUAAAUGUAAAAAUUCUAGGCUAUUUAAAUGGCUGUGAUACGUGUACGUUCAUAAUUAAUUAUUAUUAUUAUUAUUAUUAUUUUUAAUAAAUAAUACUUUACUUUAUUAAUAUGAUUUAUUUUAUUAUCAUUUUUAUUUAUCGUAAUGUGCAUCAACGGAAGAUUUUUUUUUUUCUUUUUUUCUUCUUUAUUUUAUCAUUUAGCCUGUUGCUCCGAGCCUUCUUAUUUCAUGUAAUGUAAAAUAUUUCCGAAACACACAGCAUUGAAACUGCUGACGAACAAUUUAUGAACUUAUCCAAUAUUAUAAGCCUUCCGAUAUCUUAUCAUGUACGAAUAUAUCGUUUCAGAGAUACUAGAUUUGUAGCUAGAUUAUUUUAGGCCCCCAUCUUUAAAUAAAAGUGUCUUAUUAUUACGCAAAGAGAAAAAAAAAAGAAAAAAAAAAAAUUUAAAAUCGUAUUAAUAAUAACGUAGCUCUUCAUUUAGUGUAUCAAGCGUAAAUUUACAAAGACAAGUAUUUAUUAUUACUUUCUACAUUUCUUAUGAAAUUAUUCAUUGAUUGCCGUCGAAUAUAAAAGCAAUGUAUUUUGAAGAGAGUGAAAAAAAAAAA